CUGCGAACUGAUGUUGCAGCAGCUUUUCCUAACCUUAGUGCUGAACAAUUGACUGAAUUUAUUCCAAACAAGGAAGAGCUUAAUGUCAUCAAAAUAUACUCUCACAAAGGGGAGGCUGUCACUGUUUACAUGAAUAACAGGAACCCAAUACUGUUUGAAAUUGAGAAAGCUCUGUAUCCAACAGUGUACACUCUGUGGGUCUACCCAGAUCUUCUCCCUGCUUUUUCGACCUGGCACCCUGUGCUGCAGAAACUUGCAGGAGGAGCAGAUCUGAUGCUGCCAGGAGUUGUAGUGCCAUCUUCUGGCUUGCCUCAAGUGGAGCGGGGCACGCUCUGUGCUGUCACCCUCUUGGGAAACAGAGCUCCGGUAGCUGUUGCAGUUGCCGUGAUGUCCACUGCAGAGAUGCUGGCUGCCGGAAUGAAAGGGAGGGGCUUUGCUGUGUUGCACACUUACAUGGAUCACCUCUGGGAAUAUGGUGACAAAACUUAUCCUCCUACCUUAGCUCCCUUGGUAACAGAUUCUGCUGAAAAGGAGAGUGCUGAAGAUGAAGAAGAGGUGGAGGGGAAGGAGUCUGUCGUCGGCGUAUCCGCUGACCCACUGCAGCACGUGGAUGUCGGUGAUUUGAGCCUGCAGGAGCGAGACGGUUGUGCAAUACCCAUGGGAAAGGAGGAACUCGAUGAGAACAGAGCUGCAGAAACAGCUGAAGAUGCCAACACGGAGGUUCCGCAGGAAGUUGAAGACAGUAGGACUCCUCAAGAGCAAAUGGAUGCAUUAUUUAAUCAGUGCUUUUUUCAUGCCUUAAAAUGCAAAGUAAAGAAGUCGGAUCUCCCUCUGCUCACCAGCACGUUUCUACGCAGCCAUAUGUUCUCAUGCUGCCCUGCUGGACAACAACUGGACAUAAAGAAAUCAAGCUAUAAGAAGUUCUCCAAAUUCCUGCAGUGUAUGCAGCACCAGAAGAUCUUACAAGUGAAGGAGCUGAAUAAAGGUGUCGAGAGCAUCGUGGAAGUGGACUGGAGACAUCCAGACAUUAAAGCAUUUGCUGUACCUGAAGGAUUUUCUUCAGCCUCUGCUGGCCAAGACAGCAAGAGUGAAGACAGAGAACAAGCGUACCAUGCCCCUGAAAUCAUUCCACUUUAUGGGGUCUCGACAAAAAUGAUCCCACUGUUUCAGGAAUCUGGACAUAGGAAAGGCAGCAUCCUCUCAAGCAAUGAGGUGAGAAACAUCAUCAUUAACUAUGUGAAGGCAAACGAGUUGGUUGAUGAAACAAACAAAAACUUUGUAAAGGUGAAUGCCAUUCUGUGCGACUGCCUGCUAGAUAAAUCGGAACAAGAUGAGAUCUCCAACCUUAAAUGGGAUGACCUCUUGAGCAGGUGCCUCCAACGACUGCAGCCCUUACACCAGGUGACGUUUUUUGGCCAAGAACCUAUUGUGAGGAAAGGCAACGUCGAGCCUAUCGACAUAACCGUAGCACAGAGAUCGUCAAAUAAGAAGGUGACAAUUAUCAAGAACCUUGAGCUGUAUGGUCUAGACCCACAGUGCAUAGCCAACACUCUGCAACAGAAAGUACAAGCCAGUGCCACCAUCACCCCAGUACCAGGAGCAAAAGACAGAGUUCAGGUCCAGAUCCAAGGCAACCAAAUCCAUCAUCUGGCCAAGAUGCUGCUAGAAGAAUACCAGCUACCUCGGAAGUAUAUUCAAGGCCUGGAGAAGGCUCCGAAGCUUGGCCGGAAGAAGUAA